GAAGGAGCCCGAAGGGGAGUCGGCGGCACAAAAUGGCGGCGGUGGCAGCGACGACGGCCGCGGCUGGGGCUCCAGUGCCGGCAGCCCCCGCGGCAGCAGCCGGUACCCCAGGCUCGGGGAGCGCAGCCUCUGGGUCCCAGGGCGUGCUGAUCGGGGACCGGCUGUACUCCGGGGUGCUCAUCACCCUGGAGAACUGCCUGCUGCCCGACGACAAGCUCCGCUUCACGCCGUCCAUGUCGAGCGGCCUGGACACCGACACGGAGACCGACCUCCGCGUGGUGGGCUGCGAGCUCAUCCAGGCGGCCGGCAUCCUGCUCCGCUUGCCGCAGGUGGCCAUGGCUACCGGGCAGGUGUUGUUCCAGCGGUUCUUCUACACCAAGUCCUUCGUGAAGCACUCCAUGGAGCAUGUGUCAAUGGCCUGUGUUCAUCUGGCCUCCAAAAUAGAAGAAGCUCCAAGACGGAUACGGGACGUCAUCAACGUCUUUCAUCGCCUUCGACAUUUGAGAGAGAAAAAGAAACCUGUACCUCUGCUAUUGGAUCAAGAUUACGUUAAUUUAAAGAACCAGAUUAUAAAGGCAGAAAGACGAGUUCUGAAAGAGCUGGGUUUCUGCGUCCAUGUGAAGCACCCUCACAAGAUAAUCGUUAUGUACCUUCAGGUGUUAGAGUGUGAGCGUAACCAACACCUGGUCCAGACCUCAUGGAAUUACAUGAAUGACAGCCUUCGCACAGAUGUUUUCGUGAGGUUCCAGCCUGAGAGCAUCGCCUGUGCCUGCAUUUAUCUCGCUGCCCGGACGCUGGAGAUCCCUUUGCCCAACCGUCCCCAUUGGUUCCUUUUAUUUGGAGCAACUGAAGAAGAAAUUCAAGAAAUCUGCUUAAAAAUCCUGCAGCUUUAUACUCGGAAAAAGGUUGAUCUGACACACUUGGAAAGUGAAGUAGAAAAGAGAAAGCACGCCAUUGAAGAGGCAAAGGCACAGGCUAAGGGCCUGCUGCCUGGUGGCACUCAGGUUCUGGACAGCACCUCAGGGUUCUCACCUGCCCCCAAGCUGGCAGAAUCCCCCAAAGACAGUAAAGGAAACAAGCCUUCCCCGCUCUCUGUGAAGAACGCCAAGAGGAAAACGGAGGGUGUGAAGAAAGCCAAGGCUGACAGCCCAGUGAAUGGCUUGCCAAAGGGGCGAGGGAGUCGAAGUCGGAGCCGAAGUCGUGAGCAGAGCUAUUCAAGGUCCCCAUCGCGAUCUGCUUCUCCUAAGAGGAGGAAAAGUGACAGCGGCUCAACAUCUGGCGGGUCCAAGUCGCAGAGCCGCUCGCGGAGCCGGAGUGACUCCCCACCGAGACAGGUGCACCGAGGCGCUCCCUACAAGGGCUCCAAGGUGAGGAGCUACCGAAAGUCCAAGGACUGCAAGUACCCCCCACAGAAGCCACACAAGUCUCGCAGCCGGAGCUCCUCCCGCUCUCGAAGCCGCUCACGGGAGAGGGCGGAUAGUUCUGGAAAAUAUAAGAAAAAAAGUCAUUACUAUAGAGAUCAGCGACGAGAACGUUCGCGGUCUUAUGAGCGAACAAGCCAUCGCUACGAGCGAGACCACCCUGGGCACAGCAGGCACCGGAGGUGAGGCUUGGGGGCCCCAGAGGGCUGCCCUUCAGCCUUUGGCAUGCACACCUCGGCAUCACUGGCUCUGUGGCGAGACUUUUUUGGGAAAUGGUUUGUGGACUCUGGACCUUGUGAGGAAUUUGGAGAUGGAAUCGAGAGGCCAGCGAGGUGCCCUUUAGGCCGGCCUGGGCACAGCGCACACUCAUCCAGUGCAGGGCCCACCUCAGCAGCAGCCCUGUGGCAGUUGGAUGCAGAAGCCGACGUGCACGUCCAGGUGGUGUGGCUUGGUGCUAAGGAUAGGCUGUCUCUCCUCUCCCGGACUGAUACUCAAUUACGUCAAACCAAGAAAGUGACUUUUAAAACCUUUGCCUAUAUUAGGUUGUACUUAUGUACAUAUUUUGCAGUGUUUCACAAUGAGAAAAUGGCCUUAAUAGUCCCUUAUUCUCUAUUCAUAUUGUAAAUAAAUGUAUUUCAUACAAGUUAAAGCUAUAUAUGAAAACUCAGAACUUGAAUUCUGUCAGCUUAGAACUUGUGUAGAGAAUUCCGAUUUUUAAAAUGUGAAGGUAUUUAGAUCUGUGUUGAAAGUCGUAUAUUUUUAUCCGUGCGAUGCUGAGUGCAGGCCACCAGCUCCUAAAUAGAGAAGUUUCCUAUAUCUGCAUUUUAUGUGGUUAAAUAAACAAAUCUCUCUACUCAGGACAUUUGGAACAUUAAGGAAUUUGCAGUUUAUCAUUCUGCUCGCUUGUUACCGCGCAGCCCGCGGUGCCCCUUCUAGUGCUGCCAUCUCUGGUCUCAUUAAAGUGUCAUUUUGUAUGGA